AAAGGCGAACUGUUUUGACAGAUUCAGUCGAAUGGCGGAUAGCGUACGGCAUGGAGCUGUUCAAUCGUAUUACUUCUCGUGCAGAAUGUGUUGAUGAUUGUGUGCCUCUUAACGGCCUGAUCGAUCGUACUAUUGCUUCAGGUCCGCAUGAGGCACCAAUUCAUAUACUGGAGGUUGAUACAAUUGUUUCCCAGUAUACCGAAUGGCUACGCUAUUUGCCAAGAGUGAGACAGUAUUACGCGAUCAAGAGUAAUGACGCUGAUACCGUUGUGGAUACGAUCGCAUUGCUGGGUGCUGGCUUUGACUGUGCCUCUCUACCAGAGAUUAAACGCGUCAUUGGAUUAGGUGUAUCGCCGAGAAGUAUCAUCUAUGCACAGCCGUCUAAAAGUAUCCAAUCACUCUGUUACAUUCGUAGCAAGGGUAUAAGAACGGUGUUUGAUAAUGAGUUUGAGCUGGAAAAGAUUGCCAAACACUGUCCAGAAGCAGAGCUACUACUGCGAUAUCGCUUCGAUUCUACCAACGUUAAAGUUAAGCUCGGAUCGAAGUUCGGUUGUGACCCGGGCCAGGAAGCAAAACAUUUGUUAAAUUUGUCACGCAAGCUACGCUUGAAUGUGGUAGGUUGGUGCUUUAAAGUUGGAUCGAUGAGCUCAGAUGCCGCUGUAUUUUACGAUGCGAUUCGGACCGGACGCACUAUUAGCGAUUAUGCCAGAUCCAUAGGGUUUAACUUAAGUGUUCUCGAUCUUGGUGGAGGUUUUAUUGGUGAUAAAGAUGACAGCAUUGACCGUUAUGCAAAACAUAUCAAUAGGGCAUUGGAGGAAUUCUUUCCGGACCUCUCAUUGGAAGUGUUUGCUGAACCUGGACGUUAUCUGUGUGAUGCAGCAGUUACUAACGUGUGUACAGUACAAGGCAAACGAUACAUCCGCACUGAUGAACAAAUUGACACCGUUGGUUAUUAUCUAAAUGAUGGAAUAUAUGGUACAUUUUACGGGGCCAAAUAUCGUGGCAUGGUUCCCAAUUUGUCGGUGUGGAAAUCAAAGGACAGAUGUGAACCGAAAAGAAAGAGCAAGCUGUUUGGUCCUACCUGUGACGGCAAUGAUCACUUUAUGGACAAUGUGAUGCUACCAGAGCUUGAGAUUGGCGAUAUUCUUGUUUUUGAAACGCAAGGCGCUUACACUGCUGUUAACUCUUGUCGUUUCAACGGAUUUCUUUUACCACAGUUAAUCUGCUAUUUAAGAAACAGUGUGAUGGAGCUGUUGAAGCUAAUAGCGGCGACUAACCUAAAUGAUGAAAAGGAAAAAAAAGAGAUUCUUUUAUCUUCUGACUAUUUGAGAUCACUCGUGGCAAGAAAAAUGUCAUUGUGCUUUGAACAGAAAUAAAUUCCAACAAAAACCAUCUGUUCAAUCCGUCAUUGAUCGGAUGAAUUGCAGUUUACAAUCUACUCAAUGUCAAUCUGUUACUGAAGUACAAUAUAUCACCGAGGCUCAUAUGUAAUAGGCUCCACUCCAAGCCGAAAGAGUCUCCAAAAACAAAAAUUAUGUUUGCCGGGAAAAACCACCUUUUAAAAUAAACCACAUUGCUUA